UGGGAGUUCCCCCACCACCCACCACCGGGGCUCUAACCACUGGCUGUUGCGUCCAGGAAAGUUGGACUUUGAAACGCGGAGUACACCGAGUUUGACAAGAUUGUGAAGUGGCAUGGGGCCCUAGUUUACUGGGACUGGGCUCAGAUCCAAGUCCACGAGCGACAAGUAUCGGCUGCUCAAGAGCGGUGACCGAGGGCGGCAGGAAUAGUUGCGCGUUUCCAUCUCCUCGCAUCUCUUUUAUUUCACCCGAGCUUCCCUGGGGCUUCCCUUGGGCUUCCCUCACUUCUCCGGAAGGCCUGUCGAAUGACCUAGCGUCCGCGAGCUCGCACCCGGCUUACAGGUAACUUCAUCUUUCCAGCUCCAGCCUGCUCCAGCCCGGCUUCGAGGCAAACAUGGGGAAAGUGACGCUGUACGGCUUCGACGCCAGUCCCCCAUUCCGCGCUGCGAAGAUGUCCUGCGCCGCACUGGGCGUCGAGUACACCGUCAAAUACGUUGAUGUGACCCAGAUGGAGAAUCGUCGUCCCGAGUACCUCAAGCUCAACCCUAUACACACCGUACCCACCAUGGUUGAUGGUGACUAUGUUCUCUUUGACAGCCAUGCAAUAUCUUGCUAUCUGGCUAAUAAGUAUGGCAAGGAUGACAAAUGGUAUCCGAAAGACCCAUGUCAAAGAGGCAUUGUGGACCAAAGGCUUCACUUUGACUGUAGUGUCCUAGGCAUCGCUUUGAGAAAUGUGGGGGUGCCUCUUCUGUUUGGAAAGCAACCAAAUGAAAAGACAAUUGCUCCACUUGUAAAAGCAGUAAAAUCCCUUGACAAGCUACUUGGUGACAAUGAAUUUAUUGCUCUCAAUCAUCCAACUAUUGCGGAUUGUCACUGUUCUGCCACAGUUUUAAGUAUUCAGGCUUUACUGCCAAAUGCUGUCACAUCACGAGUUGCAGCUUGGCUCGAGAGAUGUAAAACAGCACUCCCCGGUUUUGAGAAGAUCAACAAUCCUGCCUUGGAACAACUACAGACAUUAAGAGAAAUGGGCAGGUCAAAACUGUAGCCCCGUUGCAAUAUUGUAAUAAAUAUGAGCUCAGAAAUUCA